AGCACGAGGGAGGGGCUGGGGCGGGAGGCGGCGAGAUGGCGGCGGCGGCGGGGCCCGACCUGCGGCGCGUGGGUUUCGUGGGCGCAGGCCGCAUGGCGGAGGCCAUCGCGCAGGGCCUCAUCCAAGCAGGAAAAGUGGAAGCACAGCAUGUGCUGGCCAGCGCACCAAGUGACAGGAACCUCUGCCGCUUCCGGGCUCUGGGCUGCCGGACCACCCAUUCCAACCAGGAGGUGCUGCACAGCUGCUCGCUCAUCUUCCUUGCCACCAAGCCCCACGUCCUGCCGGCCGUCCUGGCAGAGGUGGCCCCUUUGGUCACCUCUGAGCACAUCUUGGUGUCUGUGGCUGCUGGGGUCUCUCUGAACACCCUAGAGGAGCUGCUGCCCCCGACUGCACGGGUGCUGCGGGUCUCGCCCAACCUGCCUUGCGUGGUCCAGGAGGGGGCCAUGGUGAUGGCUCGGGGCCGCCAUGCUGGGAGGAGCGAUGCCGAGCUCUUGCAGACUCUGCUGGAGGCCUGUGGGCAGUGCGAGGAGGUGCCCGAGGCCCAAGUGGACAUCCACACCGGCCUCAGCGGCAGCGGCGUGGCCUUCGUAUGUGCCUUCUCCGAGGCCCUGGCUGAAGGCGCCAUCAAGAUGGGCAUGCCCAGUGGCCUGGCCCACCGCAUCGCUGCCCAGACUCUGCUGGGGACGGCCAAGAUGCUACUGCAGAAGGGACAGCACCCGGCCCAGCUGCGGACCGAUGUGUGCACGCCGGGUGGCACUACCAUCUAUGGGCUCCAUGCCCUGGAGCAGGGCGGGCUUCGGGCAGCCACCAUGAGUGCUGUGGAGGCUGCCACCUGCCGGGCCAAGGAGCUCAGCAGGAAGUAGGGUGCAGGUGCAGGACUCAGGCCACAGACCCUACUGCCCAGAAGGUCCCUGCCACCCCGUCUCUCCUUCCCUGCCCCUCACUAAGGACUGUGGUCCUCUUUAACUCACAGGAGCCUCGCCAGCUGCACCCUGCCUCCCGCAUGGGGAAAUUUGAGGUUAUAGGACUAGAGCGGAUCCCCUCACCAGUGGGAGCUACCCUCCCCUCGCCAGGCAGGAGGCACCAUGGUGAUGGCCCACUGUAAGGGUGAUGUGGUUCUGAGGGCCUGAGCACUGGCAGGCCUGGUCUGGUGCCCCACAUGGCUGGCCAGUUGGUUGAGGAUGUGAGCAGAGCCCCUGGGGGCCCUUCCGAGAGCUGUGUGACUGCAGCCAGGUCGGGGAGCAUGGGGACAUAUGGAAUCUGCACAGGAGACCCGCUCCCCCUCAGUGAAGCCACCACAUCUGUCCUGUCCUGGGUUGGCCUGUGGUGGUGGUGGUGGUGGGUGCUAUGUGCUCUCCCUCCCAGCUGAGGGGCUGCACCCAGUCCUUCCCUCCGGGGAGCCGCAGGCUGGUGGAGGAGCUGCUCCAGGUUUGGGAGAAGCCGGGACCAUACGCUGGGCUCCCACUGGGUAUGGGCUCCUCUCCCAGACCCCAAGCUCCUGGCAAGUAGCAGAUGGAGCUGGUCCUGAGGACCCUUCCUGGUCAAGAGUCCUGGAGAGUCCUGUGACCUGGCCUCUGACGCAGGACCUGGCCCUCCAGCAUGUCCCUGACAGACCAACAGGCUGGGAACUGGGGCCUUUGGGUAGGGGAUGGGCCGUCUGCAGCUCUGUCCCCUGUGCCACCCCCAGGCUCACUGGGGGCCUCCCCACCUCAUGCAGGCCCCAGAGGCUGGAGUUCCCCAGGCUUCCGCCCAGUGGCCUGAGGCUACAUCAGCCAUGAGGUGAAGAGAAGCCUGGCCCCCGCUCCGGCUCUGCCACCUACCGGCUGAGGCUCUAGGAAAUGAAGCCGUCUGUCAGACAGGGCUGAGGCAGCCGUAUGCCCCGGCCAUCCUAUUCCGGCCUUGGCUUGGUCUGCCCCUGGCCCUGCCACUUGUUAGAAGGGUCAGCCUGAGUCCAUUUCUACACCUUUAUCUGUGAAAUGGGAAUAAAAAUUGCUGUUCUGUGUA